UUCGUGUAAUCCCGCGGAUUCGGUUAGUCGGUUUGGUGGGUUUUGCUCGCUUGUGGAAAAGAAAGUUGUGGAACUUCGAUUCAGCUUGGCUUUUUGGGCUAAAAAACUUUGAUUUCUUGUGGAUUUGUGUUAAUUUCGCAUAUAUUUCCCCUUACAUCUGUUGAGGAAUCGAACAAGUAUUCAAAAGUUGCGAAGAAUCAGCGAAAUAAUCCAGUAAACGCAAUGCCGAAACGCGGACGCAAACGCGGUGGGAAGGCAAAAACAAAUUUCCCUGCAAAGGGUAAGGUGCAGCAGCCUGCCACAUCGAUUAGCAACAUCGCUGCCGCUACGCCGAAGAUCCAUCCAGCGACUAACGAUUGCUAUCCGCUGAACAAACUAUGUCGCUUGUGCUUGUUGUCAAACACCAAUAUGGAGCCGAUAUUCCCAUUCCCGGGAGAUAAGCGACUUGCCCAGAAAAUUUUCCAGUGCACCAAUCUGGAUAUAAAAGAGAAUUUGAGUAAUGGAAUCCCAAACUCAAUAUGCGGACAAUGCAAGAAGCAGCUGGAUCAAUGCUAUGAGUUUCGUUUGCUUUGCUGGAAGAAUGAUGAAAUCCUUCAUAAUUUGCAUGCGAUUCUGAGUCCCCAGAAGAAAUCUCAGCUCCAGGUUCAACCUCAACCUCAACCAGCGACGCCCUCUCGUUCGAAUCCGGUGGUACAAGUGCAGAAACUAGAUCUGAAUACUUUUGUAUCGCCGCCUUCACCAGUUAGACGUGGUGGCCGAGUAGGCAAGCGAAGCUUCGGGGAAGUUUCUCUCAGCCAGUUGUAUACACCAUCGCGCCGCGGCCAUAAGGGUGCAAAAACUCACCCUACGUUUUCCAGAGAAUUGGUGGUCUGCUUGACGCCCAUUUCAUCAGCUCUUAUCAACAAGUACAAAAAGGCAGCUGCCACCCCCAAGGUAACUCAAACAAAAGCCGCGAUGAAAUCCUUUCCUCAGUCACCGAGAGGCAGGCCAAAACUUACUCCCAAGCCUGAAGUCAAACCUAAAGUUGUUAAGGUCAAAGUGCAGGUCGUCAAAGCUAAAAUCGUGAAGGCUAAGGAAAAGGUUCUUGUUAAGGCUAAGGUUAAAGCAGUCAAACCUCAAGUUAAGGCUAAAGUGGUUAAAGCUGAGAAAAGGCAAUCGAAGGCUGCAGCUGCAGCAGCUGCAAAGAAACACAAGGCCAAAAGAGCUGAUUCUUCCGUUCCGCCGAAAAAAAGAAAGCAAAAUUUCGAGACGGCUCCACCAACUGUUGCAAAAGCCACGUGCGUGCUUUGCACACAGACUUUCAAUAGUGUAAAGAGCCUGGGUCGUCACAUGGCUGCACAUGAAAAUAAUCGUAAAAACAAUAGAGCAUUUAAUUGCGAACUGUGCAAGAAAGAAUAUCUCAAAGGAUCGCAAUUCAGUGAACAUCUGGACAGUGCCGAGCAUAUGAGUAAUGUUGCGCGGGAUAACGCAAAUGAGGGUGAAAUUUCGAUUCUUCCGGACGAGGCAGAACCAGAGGUUUCGAUUUUGCCGGACGUGGAUGAUGACACCAAUGAACAAAUUCUUCCAGAUGAUUCAAGAGCUGGUAUGAAUGACUCUGUGGAUUCCUUCACCAAUCCACAGCCGGUACCGGAAGCAAUCACAGCUCACGUGGAACCGACAAAGGAAAUAUGCCCGCAACCGUCACCGGAUACCAACGAUAAUUCCCAACAAGACGAAUCAUCACAGCUGGAUGAGUCGACCGAGCCAGAGUGUAUUGAAUCCAGUGGAGGAGAACAGGCAACCGAGGAUCAGCCACAGGCGGAAACAACUAAUACCAACCGCGAUGCCAGCCCAAUUCCGGUUGAUGAUGAAUCGUCCAGAUCGAGGGAGGGCGGCGUGCAGUAUAGCGACGUUUGUUCAACAAACAACGCAGAGAACUUGUUUAACGGUAGUGGAGCAGACGCGUUAAACGCAUCACGGCGUGUCACAUUUUCGGACAUCACAGAAAUAGUUGAAUAACUAUUGCGCUAAAUGUCUGAUACAGAUGAUUUAUUUUAUUCUAAGCUUGUAGAACAGUCAUUGGCAAUACGCCCAACACCAUGGAAAUAUUUCAGCGUUUCUAAGUUUUUCUUCAAAUAUAUUGUAAUAUUAAGCGAUCAGUUUUGACAAGUGAAAGUUUUAAAAGAAGCAGUAAAAUGUUCAUAUAGAUCAAACAUUAUUUCUGAUGCCAGCAUAUACUAAUUAUUUGCAACAUAUUUUGAACAAAAGACAGUAUACAAAAUUGAUUUAAAAAGUAAUGCUACCCAAUGUAAUCUAAGAUCUAAUAGGUGUUAAAUAAAUGGCGUACAAUGCA